UCCUAUUAAAGCUCUCUCUUUCUUUCUCGCCCUCGUUCUCGCCCCAUUGAUGGACUUUUGAACUAGCGACGCGCUACAUGAUGCUCAUUGUAGAAGAUGAAUUUAACCCCUGAGAGUCACAGUAUUCCUCUGCGUGAUGGGAAUAAAAUCCCUCUUAUCGGCCUGGGAACCUAUGGAGACCCCCGGACAACGCCCAAAGGAACGACUUGUGAGGCGGUAAAGGCAGCCAUCGAUGUUGGAUACAGACACUUCGAUGGCGCCCUGGUGUACUUCAACGAGCAUGAGGUCGGUCAGGCAAUACGUGAGAAAAUCGCGGACGGCACUGUUCGGCGAGAAGACAUCUUCUACUGUGGGAAGCUGUGGAACACCUUCCACCCCCCGGAGCUAGUGAGACCUGCCCUGGAGAGGACCCUAAAAACCCUGCAGCUGGACUAUGUGGAUCUUUACAUUAUCGAACUCCCCAUAGCCUUUAAGCCCGGAGACGCGUUUUACCCCAAAGACGAGAAUGAAAAGUACAUUUACCACGAAACUGAUCUAUGUGCGACAUGGGAGGCCCUGGAAGCCUGCAAAGAUGCAGGACUGACAAAAUCUCUUGGAGUGUCCAACUUCAACCGUAGACAGUUGGAGCUGAUCCUGAACAAACCAGGCCUCAAACACAAGCCUGUAUCUAACCAGGUGGAGUGUCACCCGUACUUCACUCAGCCCAAGCUACUGGAAUACUGUCACCAGAAUGACAUCAUCAUUGUGGGCUACAGCCCCCUUGGGACUUCUAGAGAUGCCUCGUGGGUCAAUCUAAAGUGUCCCCCUCUACUGGAGGAUGAGCUCCUGGUCUCCAUCGGCAGGAAGUACAGGAAAUCGGCAGCUCAGGUGGCCCUGCGAUUCAAUGUGCAGCGUGGUGUGGUGGUCAUUCCCAAAAGUUUCAACCACCAACGUAUCAGGUCGAACUUCCAGAUAUUCGACUUCUCUCUCACUGAGGAGGAGAUGAAAGCCAUCGAAGGCCUCCACAAAAACAUCCGCUUUGUGGAGCUUCUCAUGUGGAGUGAUCACCCAGAAUACCCUUUCCAUGAUGACUAUUAGGAACACAGCAUCCAAGCUGCUUCAUGCAUUGGAUUCCACCAGGUAAAAUGGGAGAGGCCCCAAAGCAGAACCCUCCAAUGGCCACACCCACAUCAUCCUGCAGAUGGGAGGGCAGAUGAAGGAACAACAAGCUGGAACUUGAGCCGAUCAUCAGGAAUGGUGCUUUCCCCACCUCUGCUAUAAGAAUGGAGGAGGUGAGCCCAUCUCGCUCUGUGAGAGCCGCUGUCAUGCUGUACAUCAGGUCAUCUCACUGACACCAGCUAGCCUUGAUUUGACCGAGAAAGAUUAGCAUAGGGCUAGCUGGGUAGAACCUUUGGGUAUUUAUUUAUUUAGUGAUUAGUUGUCAUUUAUUAUACACCACAGCACACACCAAUGAAAUGUGUUCUCUGCAUUUAACCCAUAUCUGACAAUGUGACAUAGCAGGGAACAGCUAAUUCAGCACCCAGGGAGCAGUGCUUGGGGGUGACACCUUGCUCAGGGUACCUCAGUAGUGCCUUGUUGGUUGGGGAUUUGAACCUGCAAUCUUUACAAUUACAAAUGCGGAUCACCACUGCCCACAAGUAAACACCUCACACACACACAGUAUACAGUGUUAUAAACGCAGAUACUGAGGUGAGUCCUAUUAGAUUGAAUGCCCAUUGGCAGUAUGUGUCAGCUAUAAAAAGGACCUGAAAAUCAGCACUUUGACCUGUGAGUUUUCAAAUGACAGAGGCUGAACAGUGGGUUUCUGAAUCACUACAGUAAAAUCCCGCUAUAACGGACUUCAGGGGACCUUGCCAAACAGUCCGUUAUAUCCAGAGAUGCUGUAUGCCCAGAACACAACUACAGGACACCAUUUACUCAUGCCACACCUCAGCAGACACACUUGUGGUAUAGAUUAUUAUACUGUACAUGUAAUAAUCCAACUUUACCUGACUGUUGGAAGUAUAUAUGGCCUACAAGUGGUUAUACAUGUAUGGUACAGUAGUAACCUUGACCUCAUUGGUUACUGCAUCCCUCCAGCUGCAAGCGUCAUCCGCCGAUGCAUAGCGUGCCUGGUGAUAGACAGCCACACAGACCAAUCAGUGUUGUCUGCUGUUAAGCUAUUACCUAUGUCACGCGCCUUGUAGGCGGAGCCUACAUGUCUGUUAUAGCUGAACAAAACUACAGUUUUUUAUAAGUGAAAUUCCGUUAUAUGCGAGUCCGCUAUAUCCGAUGCUUUUUCUGCAUGUUCAUAAAGGCAUGUGGCCAGGACCAGCGGACCUCGUCCGUUAUAGAUGAUAUUCCAUUAUAAGCAAGUCCACUGGAUUUCACUGUAGUACGUGGGUCACAAAAACUGGAAAAGGAUUUAUAUUAUUUAUAUUGUAAAAUAAUAGUGCAUAUGCCAAAAACAAGCAAACUGCAUCAGCAAAGAGGAACACAAAGGGGAAGGCACAAGUUGAGGUUCACCGAGAAGGAUACACAAAAUCAGAACAUGAUAGCUGCUAAAUACCAUCAAAAAUAUGGCCUCAAAAAUGAGUUAACACCCCUUAGCCAUUUCAAAACCUCUGAUCAAGUCAACUGGCUAAAUUAAAAAAAUAUAGGGAAUAUAGGGAAUGGCUGAGGUGCCACUGAGAAUAAAUUUGGGAAUCAAAUCUGUUUAUUUAGCCACCCAAAAAGAAACAGCAUUUUUUUCCCAGGACAAAUAUACUUGCUCUACAAAUAAAUAUCUUGAAACUUACUUUUUUUAUUUCCUAAGACUUUUGCAUAUGACUGUAGCUUUGCUCUUUGUUAUGUGCCAGCAGGCAUCCUCUUGGUAUGUGCUCAUCUUUUUUUGCUACUUUUCUCUGUCAGAUUGUGAGCUUUCCGUAAUACACCACUCACCACUUUACCAAAGGGGAAACAGCAGGUGGCACUUCUCUGUUUCUCGCAGCCUGGCCGCAAAAUGUGUACUUCACAGUCACUUUUCCCUACAUCAUGUUGCUCACCCUGUUGGUCCAGAAAUUCACUCUGCUGGGAGACAAUUGCAAAUUCAGUUUUGCCUGUACCUGGACCUUUGGGUGACACCCAAAGGAAAAUGGCUUAAGGUUUGGGUGUUUGGCUAUAGUGCCCCCUCCCCUGACACAGUCCCACCCCUCUGCUCCAGCUUCAAUAGACACCUUUGAGUGGAAUUGAUAGGGCUGAAGCUUGAAUCACCACCCUUAUGCAACUGCUGGUGUCUCCAGAUCCUUGGACUUACUUGAUUCCUUUGAUACUACUACCAUUGUGCAUCCACAGUCAGAAAUGGAAACCGCAGGACCACAAGCAGAAAACUGACAUACUGUACAGGAGAUGCUGUCCACAACCUAAGAGUCUGGCAAAGCAACCGUAUAUAUUUAUCCUAAUCAAUAAAUAACAUCAGAAAACUUCUAUUUCUUUCAUUUCCCUCUAUCAGCACCUAAUACAUUUUACUUCAUUAAAUUGUUAUAAAAUAAAGCAUACAUCCAUGAAGGAUUUUCACUUGACUUCUGUUCUAAUUUUAGAUUGCAGUUUUUAUCCUUUAUGUAAUAUAAGCAUGAAUUUGCAAUUAAAUUGCCGAUAGCAAUAAGAGCAUGACAAACGAUGUUCUAGAGCUACCACAGAGAUUUGUGGAUGUGAUGUCACUGGUCCUGAGCUGCUGGCAAGCGAAUGGGCCGGAACCACAGUCCAUCACCCAAGAACAAAAAAACUGUGGAAAAAAACGUUUAGCUCGGCAGAGGCCAGGGACAGGGCAGCCAGGAUGAUAAUUAUCCCGGAGGGAAGCUAGGUGUGUGUGUGUGCGUGUGUGUUAAACUCAAAAUGAAACAGCCACAUUGGAAGCACAUUUGUCGAGUAGUUUUGAGGAAUGGAUGUGCCAGUUUUGCAACACACAAGUAUGUAUGGAUGCUGGUGCACAGCUCACCUACUCCUACACGUCUUACAGCUCUGUGGAGUUACUGUACAUACAGUAACAAUUACAAUAGAUGCAAAGUACGUUUCCUGCAACACAAGAAGCAAUAAAGAAAAUGACCACAGAACUCCAUCAUAUACAAACAAUCAAUAAGUUAUUAAACCCACCUGGCUACCUGGCCCGCCCAGGUUGUAGCCCAGCCUUGUGCCCUAUAGUGCCUGGGAUAGGUUACUCAGGAUAAUCAACUAUAAGACAGAUGGAUAGUUUAACUGACUUGAGCACAUCCGUCCAUCCAUCCAUCUUCUGCUGCUUAUCCAGGGUUAGGUCAUGGGGGAUGCAGUCUAAGCAGGGAUGUCCACACAUCCCUCUUACCACCCAACUCCUCCAGCUUCACUGGGGUAAUACCAAGGCAUUCCCAAGCCAGCCGAGAGAUAAUAAUCUCUCCAGCGUGUCCGGAGUCUGCCCUGGGACCUCCUUCAAGUGCAACAUGCCCGAAACACCUCCCUAGGGUGUUGUCCAAGAGUCAUCCUAGAUAGAUGCCUGAAGCAGCUCAACUGACUCCAUUCAUUGCAGAGGAGCAGUGGCUCUACUUUGACCCAUUCCUGAAUGUCCGAGCUCCUCAUCCUUUCUCUAAGACAGAGCCUAGCCACCCUGUGGAGGAAACUCUUUUCUGCCACUUGUAUUCGCAAUUUUACUCUUUCAGUCACUACCCAAAGCUCGUGAGGAACAUCACCGGGUCCAGGGAUUGCCUCUACAACAGACACCAACAACCUUACAACCUUACGACCACAGCUCUGCACAGCCAUCUCAGCAAUGGAGUCGGAACAUGGCCCAUUCAGGCUCUAUGUCCCCUUGGGAUGCAAGAAGAGUUUUGCCAGAGGUGUGAGUUAAAGAUCUUCUGGACAGGGGCCUUCGUAAAAUGCUCCCACCUUUACUAUGUGUUUGGGUCUACCAUGUUUAUCUGGCAUCCUCCCCCGGCACUGGAACCAACUCACCACCGGGUGAUGUUCAGUUCACAGCACAGUUCCUCUCUUCACCAGAGUGUGCAAAAUUCUCAAGGGCUCAACAGUGACAUUACUUGACUUACCAUUGGAUUUGACCAAGCAUUUUUCUAAUCACAAGCACAAUGUCCUGACCCACAGAACCACACCCCACACAUUGCGACUCUACAUUCCUCUCUGUAUCAUGAUCCAAGAUCCAUAUCUUCAUUAUUUUCAUAAUGUUUUUUCCAAGGACUUCCUGGCACUGUGCUUCCUAAAUAUGGUACCACCUUUAUUGCUAGCCUCGCCAUCUUCUUCGUGCUGUGUUUCAUGACUUACAAGCAGAACAUGCCCAUCUCCAAGGUGGUUGAAUCAGCUAUGUCACUCCAAUGACUGGACCGGAUCUGACAUGUCAAACAGACCCUGAGCUGAAACAGCAGCAUCUCAAUAGCAAUGGAACCAAUGCAAAAUGUCAGCUUGAGGUUUCCACGAAACAAACACUUAUCUGUCUACUGGUGUUUAUUGGACUCAAGCAUGUACAUGUGUUCUCACUAAAACAAUCCCUCUGGAGUGGCCCAGACAGAUCUGAGAUAUGCCAUUACAAAUAAGAUUAGCAACAGCUGGAAAUAUAGGGCAUCAAUCCAAAAGAGAGGAGAGAUUACAGCCGGCCACUACAGAGGUCUGGCUUUCAGUCUCUCUAGGAAAAGGAGUCACUUAGCACAUGAGCAAAAACCAUCCAUCCAUCCAUCCAUCCAUCCAUCCAUUUUCCAAACCGCUUAUCCUACUGGGUUGCGGGGGGUCCAGAGCCUAUCACGGAAGCAAUGGGCACAACCCAGGAUGGGGGGCCAGCCCAUCGCAGGGCACACUCACACAUCAUUCACGCACACAUUCACACCUACAAGCAAUUUAGCAAGUUCAAUUAGCCUCAGCAUGUCUUUGGACCGUGGGGGGAAACCGGAGUAUCCGGAGGGAACCCCACGACGACAUGGGGAGAACAUGCAAACUCCGCACACAUGUAACCAAGGCGGAGACUUGAACCCGGGUCCCAGAGGUGUGAGGCAACAGUGCUAACCACUGCACCACCAUGCCGCCCCCUAUGAGCAAAAAAAUAAUAAGAAAAUAUGCAAGGUUUACCUUAGGGAACUGCAGUUUUCUUGGGUGCUGGUCUCUUUCUCAACUGCAUGUGGAACCAUGAAUUGCAUGAUAAACAUGGUGCUUAUGCUAUAAUUCGCUCGCUGGCAUUAUAGCUACAUAACAAGCUUGUAAAGAAUUAUACAAGAAGAUAAAAGCUUGCUGGCUAUGAGGAGGAAAUGGUAAGCAUGCUAGCAGAGAGUACCAUGGUCCCAGCAUUAGUCACAGGUUUCUGAGAACACUUUCUACUACAUAGAGAGACAAACAUUCAUGUGCCAUGCUGGUACCUGUCUCUCCUCCACAAGACGGGAUGUACACCUUCCAGCUGUUCCAUCCCUACACCAUGAGCACCAUGUGCCUUCUGUCUGAGCCCAUGCCAUUGCCUGGAUUUAUGGUGAGCCCCUGGCUGAAUGACAUACAGUAGGGCUUGAAAGUUUGUGAACCCUAUAGAAUUGUCUAAAUUUCAUAUAAAUAUGAGCUGAAAGAUCAUCAGAUUUUCACACAAGUCCUCAAAUUAGAUAAAGAGAACCCAGUUAAAUAAAUGAGACAAAAAUAUUUCACUUGGUCAAUUAUUUAUUGGGGAAAAUGGUCCAAUCAAAUGAUCAGUGGCGAAAGUAUGUGAACCUUUCAUUUCAGUAUCUGCUGUGACCCCCUUUUGCAGCAAAAACUGCAACUAAAUGUUUCCAGUAACUGUUGAUCAGUCCUGCACAUUGGCUUAGAGGAAUUUUACUCCAUUCCUCCUUGCAAAACAGCUUCAGCUCUGGGAUGUUGGUGGGUUUCCACACAUGAACUGCUUGCUUCAGGUCCUUCCACAACAUCUCAAUUGGAUUAAGGUCAGGGCUUUGAGUAGACCAUUCCAAAACAUUAAUUUUAUUCUCCCUUAACCAUUCUUUGGUAGAAUGACAUGUGUGUUUAGGAUCGUUGUCUUGCUGCAUGACCCACAUUCUCUUGAGAUUCAGUUUAUGGACAGAUCUCCUGACGUUUUCCUUUAGUAUUUGCUGGUAUAAUUCAGAAUUCAUUGUUCCAUCAAUGAUGGCAAGCUGUCCUGGCCCAGAUGCAGUAAAUCAGGCCGAAACCAUAAUACUACCACCACCAUGUUUCACAGAUGGGAUAAAAUUCUUAUGCUGGAAUUCUGUGUUUUCCUGUCUCCAAAUAUAACACUUCUCAUUCAAACCAAAUAGUUCUAUUUUGUUCUCAUCCGUCCACAAGACAUUCUUCCAGUAGACUUCUGGCUUGUCCACCUGACCUUUAGUAAACAGUAGACAAGCAGCAACAUUCUUUAGGGAGAGCAGGGGCUUUCUCCUUGCAACCCUGCCAUGAAAACCAUUGUUGUUCAGUGUCCUCCUGAUGGUGGACUCACAAACAUUAACAUUAGCCAGUGCAAGAGAGGCCUUCAGUUGCUUAGCAGCUACCCUGAGGUCCUUUGUGAUCUGGAUGACUAUUACAUGCCUUGCUUUUGAACUGAUCUUAGUUGAUCGACCACUCCUGUGGAGGGUAACAAUGGUCUUAAAUUUCCUCCAUUUGUACACAAUCUGUCUUACUGUGGAUCGGUGGAGUCCGAACUCUAGAGAUGGUUUUGUAACCUUUUCCAGCCUGAUGAGCAUCAACAACCCUUUUUCUGAGGUCCUCAGUAAGCUCCUUUGAUCGUACCAUGAUACAGUUCCACAAAUCCAUGUUAACACUUAGGUGAUAGAUCCUUGUUCUUUAAAUAACACAGGGUGCCUACACACACCUGAUUGUCAUCCCAUUGAUUUAAGACACCUGAUUAAUUUCACUUUCAAAUUACCUGCUAAUCCUAGAGGUUCACAUACUUUUGCCACUGACAGAUAUAUAAUAUUGGAUAAUUUUCCUCAAUAAAUAAUCGACCAAGUGAAAUAUUUUUAACUGGGUUCUCUUUAUCUACUUUGAUGAGUUGUGUGAAAAUCUGAUGAUGUUUCAGGUCAUAUUUAUGAUGAAAUGAAGACAAUGCUAAAGGGUUCACAAACUUUCAAGCACCACUGUAUCUUUCAGCUGCUUAGUUGCGUUUCCAACUGUACUGGUAGUUAUCAGCAUACUUAGAUGUACAGAAUAGAUAUAAAGCCUCAUCAUUUUACACAUGUUCUUCCGUAAGUUGUACUAUGCUUCUGCAUAACAUUCAGCAUGUGAGGCCUUCAUGUAAUAACUAGUUCUGUGAUAAUACAGACAUGAUUUAUGACGAUGUCGGUGCAGCUUCCAUCCUGCCACCCGACACAGGCCUAUGUGGAGGACUGUCUCACUGAUGGACUUUAACUAGGACCGGAUUACAGUUUACACCUUGCUCUUAGCAAACAAUCCGGCUACUUCUCUACCUUUGUCCAGUAAUGUCAGCAUGCCCAGGGGGGUGGGGCUGCCAGUUGACCUUUCACCCCCAGAGGUUUUUUUCUCCCCACUUGGGAGUUUUUGGUUCCUCUCCUCCGCUGUCAUCUGACUUUCUCUUUCAUUUUUCCAUUUUCACUGUUUCUGUGUUCUGUCGUUAUCUCUGUUAAGGAUGUUCCACAACACACUCCUGUAAAGUGCAUUGGGGCAACUUUGUUGUGAAAAGCGCUAUAUAAAAAUAAACUGAAUUGAAUGAUUAUUUUCCA